UCUUUGCCCUCAGGGACAGGGCUUAGGUACAAGAUGGCCGCCGCGCGCCCGGACCUCCCGAUUCCGAGCUCACCGACCUGGGAGUCACCAUCCCCGGAGCCACCGGACCUGGUCCUGGUGCCUGAUAGUGGCCGCCCUGCCACACCCCCAGAUGACCUCAUCGAGAUCCAGGUGGUAAAAGUCACAGAUACCACAUCGGUCCCUGAGCCCCCAGAGCCAGGAUCUUUUCAUUGUGCCCUCUGUCCUGCUGCCUUCCGACUAGUCUCAGAGCUGCUGUUUCACGAGCAUGGCCACCUGGCAAGCGUAGAGGGGCUUGGGCAGGGCGGGGACCCUAGCCGUUGUCACGUGUGUGGCCACAGCUGUCCAGGUCCUGCUAGCCUGCGUGCCCAUUACAGCUUGCACACGGGAGAACGGCCUUACCGCUGUCCCCUCUGCCCACGGGCUUUUAAGGCCUUGGCACCUCUGCUCCGGCACCAGCACCGACAUGGGGUGGAGCCAGGUACCUCUGGAAGGCUUCCACCCACAGCAACAACGGGACAGCGGAACUCGAGAGUAGCCCAGGAGAGGUCGGAGGUGGUGAUGGCUGCAGCAGCUGCAGGUGCUAUGGUAGGCAAGCCUUUCGCCUGCAGGUUCUGUGCCAAGCCCUUCCGCCGCUCCUCAGACAUGCGAGACCACGAGCGGGUGCACACAGGGGAGAGACCCUACCACUGUGGCAUCUGUGGCAAAGGCUUCACUCAGUCCUCUGUGCUGAGCGGUCAUGCCCGUAUCCACACAGGCGAGCGCCCCUUCAGAUGCACGCUCUGCGACCGCACUUUCAAUAACUCCUCCAACUUCCGCAAACACCAGCGCACCCACUUUCAUGGACCAGGACCUGGAGUGGGAGAGUCUAGAGGCCAACUGAGAUCAUCUUCAGUGUCCCAACAAUCAGGAAGUAAAUGUGGGACAGAGAACACUACGGAAGAAGGGUGUAGAGAGACCGUGAGGGUGGAUGUGAAGGUUGACCAGUAGGCUGGAAGUAGGAAGCAUAUUGUAGGAAAGGUGGGUGGUCAAAUAGAGGCAGAGGCCAAGGAGAAAUAACGAGCAGUUGAAGUUAGAUGAAAAAGGGAACUUGGUUCUGGUCUCCCAGAAGCCCAUGCUACACUUGAGACUCAGGAAAGAGGUACUUGUGAGUCUAUGGGUGCCCUGAUAUAUCUGAGAAUGCAUAGACAGCUAGACAUGGCAAAGACCUACAAUCCCAGUACACUGGAGGCUGAGGCAGGGGGAUCAUGAGGUCCAGACCAGACCAGGCUGGAAAGCAAGAGUUUAUGUACCACCACCUCUGGUCCAGUGAAAUCUUUUGCCGACCUCAACUGGAUUGCACUGCUCCUGGGAUGCCUACCUUCCAUCUCUAAAGGGAUGCUGGGAUACUGUCCCCUCAAAACCAGAGAGUACCUAAACCACAUCUCUCAGAUGUGAACCUGCUCAUAAAGAUUCACUCUAAGCUCUGCUUACGUCCUCAUCCUACUCCAUAGUGGUUUCUCCUUAACCCACUAAACUCUUCUGGAAACAACUGAGAGCACACACUACAAGCAGGCAAUCACUUGGUAUCCCCUUAAGCCGUAGGCUCAGAGCCUGCAGUCUCCCAUAUCUACAAAGACGUUUCAGAUCUCUGUUCUCCACUCUGAGGUAGACAGCUUCCUGCUUAGUCAUGGGCAAUUCUGAGGCAGCAUUACCUGAUGACAACCUUGGUGAGUUGUAAGAGAUGACACUGUGGUGAGGGGCUAAAAGGACUUGGGAGUUGGAGUAUGGGGCGAGAGUGAGAACUUCCAGUCUGUUCCUAUUAAAAGACUUUCUGAAAGGUUUCUCUGUCAGUCUUGUAUUCCAGUUCUCUGGGUAGUUAUCCAUUUUUCUGGAAUGGCAAGUAACCAGGCUUGGGCUGUCAGGAGAUGGCUAUUUGGUUGUGUCCUAAGAAGCUUUGUGCAUUGAAGGGAUGUUGGAGGUUGGUGUACUUACUCAGAAGGGUCCCCAGUUUUCUCAUAGAGAAGAUGUGUUACUAGUUCAGUCCUUAUUUAUCCAGCAUCCCCAAGAGACCACCCUGGAUGAUGCAUAAUAAAAACUCACCACUUCCUCCAAAGAAAGGAGCUUGCUUCUUCCCAAGACAACAGUGUUUCUGCUUUCUCACAUGGUUCCUUGCCGCUUUCAGCGAGGACUACCAACACAGCGGCAGUGUAGAUAAGUGGUCAGAUUCAAGGAGAGGUGAAAUAUAGCAACUGACACUCUGGCUCAGUGUUCAAUGAGAAGUGGGGGACUGGAAGCUGAAGGAGUUUGUACGCUCCAGCAGAAGAGGGCUGUGGGGCUGGGGACGCACUUCAACUGCUAGAGUGCUUUUCCAGGGCGCAUGGUGUCCUGGUUCAGUCUCCAGCACCACAGAAGCCAGGCAUCAUGGCGCAAGCCCAUUUUCCCUUUGUACAUGGAAACAGGAGGAUCACAAGUCUUUAGUCUUCAGAAAGGGGCUCAUAACGUCCCACCCGUCUCUGAGGAGCUAUAGGCAGUUAAUGGUUGCCUGGAAGGGGACCAUAGUCCUCAGUGGUCUAUCUCCUGUCGAGCUGGCCCUGCUCAGGUAAAUCAGCCUUCCAACCCAUGUUUAUACAUGCAAUCCUGACUAAACACAAUGGGUCACCAAGAAAGGAAAAGACACGAAAAUAAGACAGGCUUGUUGGCAACAAAGGGUUCAGCUAGAGAAGGAGAGGGAUAAGAGUAUAGCGGAGGCUGUGUGGAUAUAAGCAAAGUGUGUGUGUGCACACAUACGUAUACAGAUAUGUGUCAAACUGAGAAUGAAAAUAAAAUUUG